CAGAAUCGCCAAAAAGACGAAAAGGAAAAAAAUGGGUUGGGUGUGGAAAGACGAACCAGACGACGCCGUCGACGUAACCGCUGGCGAAGGCGAUCGAUGCUCUACCAGUAAGGUGGUGCGAUCUAACUGCAAGACGGAAGAAAUCGAGCCUGGAAAGUUCGUUCGAAAGUGCGAGAAAACUGAAGAAGUUCUCAGAGAAUGCGUUGGGAGGCCCGUUGAAGUAUUGCAGUCCAACAAAGAGUAUACAGAGGAGGACGUCACAGAGCAAAUGUUAAAAGGGAAUUUCUCAUCAGGAUCACAUGGGGAAGGAUCAUUUGAAUUUCCUGGGCUUCGCAGUGACUUGGAGGCAAUAGAACGUGAGUUCUUUGGUGGGGUUAAUCGUUUCUUUGAUGCUGCGGAAGAGAUGAGAAAAAGUUUCUUUGAUGCUUUUGGAGACUUUUAUGGCAGGGAAUCUUCAUCACUACCAUCUCCAAGGCGAGGAAUACCCGUUGAAGAUCAUCCUCAGAAGAAAGCUUCCCCUAAACGAGACGAAUCCGGGCGUAUCGAUUUGUCAGGUUUAGCAAAAGAUGUUUGAAGGUUUUUUUGGGGUAAGAGCUAGCCUCGUUAUAUUUCCUUCAAUGUGGAGAAACAUUGUGUAUGCAUAAAAAGGUGGAAUGGUAUUUUUGUGACAAUUAGUGUGGACUUGGGUCAUGGUAUGCAUUUCAGAGAAAUAAAUUUGUGGCCUUCAUAUUUUA